AACUGCAGUUCUAGCAGAAGUAAAGAUGUUGUGGAAUUUGGAUGACUCUGCCAUUGAUAUGAUAAAAAACAUUAACAAUGGUGUCCUGAAAUAUACAGAAAAUGUACCAAAAGAAGAACCUUUUAUGAAAGAUUCAUUUAAAUGUGAAUCUUUGAAUUCAGACAACAUACAGAAGUGUCUGUGUCAGCUCUGCAAAGCAGUGUUCAACAUAAAAGGCUGGUGGCCCACAGUGAGGCAGAUGGUGCGGUGGUGUGGACUGGUGCUGACUCAGAAAAGUGGAGUGGUACAACUGGUUGGUGUGGAAGAAGACCCAUGUGUUACAGCCAUGUUUGCAGCCAUGCAAGUCUGCAUGGGAAACAAACUGGACAUUGUGCUGAGCUCUGAUGUUCACUCAGAGGAGCAAACAAAGGAGUGGUCUGACUUCUACAAGCACCUUGACAUUUCAAUCAACACAAACAUGAAGAAGACUGAUCCAUCAUUCCUGGAUGUCUAUGAAGCAGACAUUGUUUAUGGUACAAUGGAUGAUUUUGUGUCUGAUUACGUUCAACGUGGCAUAGAGGCAAUGGAAACAGGGAACCCACAGUUUAGUCGUGGAUUCAUCAUUGAAAAACAAAGUCUCAGUGCUUUGCAUGCUCUGGAACUUUCAAGACUCAAAGACGGUGACUCCCUGGUGUUUGCUGCAGAGGUCCUGCAGAACCUCAUGAGUAAAUUUCACAGUGAAGAUGUGGAACUGAGACAUAUGUUUUUGAAGGCCCUUUUUCAGGUCCUCCAUUGUAACCUAAAAGAAGAUACAAUUACUGACACAAAAAUCAUCACCAUCUCAAAGAAAAUCACAGGAAAGGAAUUACUUUCUAAUGAGAUCUUUAUUUUGACAUUUCUUGAAAAUCUCUUGCAAGUGUUUGCUAGAGAAACAGAAGCUGUUAAAAACAUGACAGAUCCUGCAGGCAAAUGGUGUUUGGAGAGCUUAUUUGCCUGUGUGGAACAAUUCCAAGACUUAGACAAAGAAACCAAAGAAGUCUUCAAGAUGGUUUCAGAUCUUGGGGAACAAAGAAUUUGGUCACCAGUAGAGGUCUUAAACCUUCUUGGAGCAUUAACUCACAACCACCAUGACGACAGCUGUAUUUCCAUCGUGAAGAUUUUACAUUUGAUGGAAACAUAUCAGGUUUCUUCCAAGUGGAAAGAUGAAAACAAAAAAUCUUUCCUUGAGAUCCUUGAAUCAUCCAAAACUCAGAAUCUGAUCCAGCAUCUAGAAAAGAGCCUCAGAGGUGAGAAAACAAAAAGCAUUGACAACCUUUUCUGUGAAAUACGGCAGAUGAAAGUCACUGAUGAACAAACACUGAGUAAAACAUAUGACAUAGUAGCUCAUGUAACAAACUUAAUCAAAACUGGUGAAAUUAAAAAACACACAUGUGAUGUGGAACAUGUUAGGUCUCUGUGUCAAAGCAAAGAAAUUGAGGACCUUCAGGAGAUCCUUGCAGUCUUAUGCAAUGCUGUACACCUCCAUAAAGCUGAAAGGAAGUGGUUUCCCAGGACAACUCAGAUGAUAAGCUGGUGCCUGUUGGCCCUGUCUGACACUGGGAAGCUCCUGGAGAUGGGAACUGGAGAAGGGAAGUCUUGUGUCAUAGCGAUGUUUGCCGUGCUGCGUGUGCUUAGAGGUGAAAAGGUGGAUGUAGUGUCCAGCUCUUCUGCGUUAUGUCAAAGAGAUGCUGAAGAAUGGGCCAAAUUUUACAAAUACUUUGGCAUUACAGUCGACACUAACACAAAUAAAAAUGAGGAUAAAGAUCGGAAAGAAUGCUAUCAGAAGGACGUGGUCUAUGGAACCAUUGAAGCCUUUGCUGCUGAUCACCUUCGCCAAAUAUUUGAGAUGAAGGAUGUGAGGCCUGAUCGUAACUUUCAGUGCAUCAUUAUCGAUGAAGUGGACUCACUGCUGCUAGAUCAAGGAGUGCAGCUGACGUACCUGUCCAGCCCCAUGGUGUCCAUGCAGCACCUGAACAUUAUUCUCACCAUGAUCUGGAGCCACGUCAGUCAGUAUGGCUUCCUAUCUACAGGACACCAGACAUUUGUACGAGGUCCUCCUGCUUCAUUCUUCAAGGCCAUCUAUGACUCAAUGAACACAGAAGACACUGAAAUUAAUGAUCCAAUGGCCAUUUUAAGUAUUGCUGAAGAAUCUAACAUUGUGCCAAAAGGAUUUACAGAAGAUAUGUACAAGAGUGAAAACCAUGAACUUCUCAGUAAACUGAAAACAGUGAGUCAGGAUGCUAUGGUUGACUUUUUCAAAGAAAUUGAGGACUAUGUUCCUUACGGCUUUACUGUUUACACACUAGAUGACAAAGGACUGCUCUGUCUUCAAAAGUGCAGUCCAUACAAUGACCGGGACAUCCCAGAGCUUUCAUUUCUUGUCUUGGAGGAAGGAUUGUGUUGUCCUCUCUAUGAGUCAGAAGAAGUUCUCAUCAAGCCCAUUGCAGAAUUGAUCUCUGAGAGGAUUCAGUACACCCCAUGUGAAAACAAUACAGACAAAAUCAGCAUUCCUGGAUUCUUGAAGAAUCUGGUGGAGAAGAAAGUCUCAGUGUGGGUCCAGAAUGCCUUUCUGGCAAUGUUACUGAAACAAGGUCGAGAAUAUGUCAUGGAAAAUGACAACGUCUGUCCAGUGGACUUCAGAUCCACUGGUAUUGUUGAACUGAAUAAGAAGUGGGGUGAUGGUCUGCAGCAGUUUGUGGAGAUUAAACACCAAGUCAAACUGAGCACAAUUUCAACAGUGACAAACUACAUUUCCAACAUCUCCUUUUUUGAGAAAUACCAGGGAAAAAUAUACGGAACAACAGGAACACUGGGGAGCAAAGCAGACAUUCAGUUUUUGCAGGACCUAUAUCCAAAUCUCUCUGUGUGCAAAAUACCAACAUUCAACAGGAAAAAGUUAUUUGAGGUCAAAGGUGCUCUGAAAAAAACAGCUGAAGAAUGGAAAUCUGAAAUAAAACAUGUGGUCACGGCUCAGAUUUCCCCAAAUUCAUACAGAGAUGGAAGAGCAGCGUUGGUGAUCUGUGAAACUAUCAAUACAGCCAAAGAGAUCUAUGAAGAGCUGAGGAGCAGCAUCCCAAGUAAAAAAGUAAUUCUCUACUGCCGCAGUGACAGAGACCGUUUGAGUAAAAUAGACAAGGAGCUGCUUCCUGGUGAUGUCAUUGUUGCCACAAACCUUGCCGGCCGUGGCACAGACAUUAAAGUGUCCAGAGAGGUGAACAAUAAUGGAGGGUUAUUUGUGAUCCUCUCCUUCCUUUCCGAGAACACAAGAGUGGAACUCCAGGCUUUUGGACGAACUGCACGCAAAGGUAAACCUGGAUCUGCUCAGAUAAUCAUUUCCACUGAACACCUGCAGCCAUCUUUCCACACAGUGUCCUCUCUGGAGGAAGCGAAGAGCACAAGGGACCGACUUGCAGCAGAAAAGAUAAGUCACAUAAUGAACGAUGUUGCUGAGAUGAAACUGCGGGAGGACCUGUUUUCAGAAUACUGUGAAACACUUCAAGAUAUUUAUAACACCACCGAUGGUGACGAGGAAAGAGCUGUUGUUGACAUGAUGAAUGAGUUUUGGGGGAUUUGGCUGCAAACUAAAUCAGAGGAAAUUGAUCAGUUGAAAAGAAAUGAAUUGCAAGAGAGUCUGAAAGCUGAUUUGUCAAAGGCAAAAAGUCAGUCUGAAAGUCAAACUUCACCAUGUUCCAGCAUUUAUCACUACAUCCAGUUUGGGAAUAUUGCACUGGAUGAAAAAAAGUGGGAUACCGCAGCCAUAAUGUUUGAAAAAGCCAUGAAACAGGAUAAAAGCUGGGCAGCUGUAGCUUUUUACACUCGUGCAUACUGCUCUAUACAACAGGCGGAAGGAGAUUACCUCACUAAGGCCAUAGAUGAUCUAAUGAAGGCACAGGAAUCUCUGAAGUUUCUCAGUGAAGAAUCAGUAGUCUGCCUUCAGUUUGUAAAAAUGUCCUCUGCAAACUCAGCCAACAGCAACCCAACCAGCCUGGAAAAACGGUUAUCAACCAAGUGCAACGUUCUAAGUUACUUUGACAAAAACAUUACCGAGGCCAUCGAAAAGUUGGAUGAAAUAAAACAACAAAAGAGGAAUCCAGUGGUAAAAAAAUCCCCUAUUUUCUGCUUGGUAUCAGGGGCUGAUAAAGAUCUCCAAGUUGAAGUCUAUACCCUCUAUAAUCGAGGUCUGAGAUAUAUAUUUUCUGUGGAAGAUGAGCCUCAUUUCUCAUGGGAAGGUCUUCUGGUGACCUUUUUUGCAGUUUUACAGAAUAUUGGAGGAGCAUUGCUCACUGCAUGUUUGUUUCGUACAUUAGCUCAAGUUGGCAUGGGACUCAUUUCUGAAGAAAAAACAGACAGCACGAGUGAGUCUAUGGUGACAGGAGAAUUCAGCUGGAAGUCAUGGGCGAUAGAAAAAGCCAUUUCUCUUGGUGUAUCUCUCGUUGGGUUUGGAGUUGGAAAGUUGAUCGCAAAGAGCUUCAAAUCUUCUGAAACAUUACUCAAAGGAAUGAGCAAAAAGAUGAAGCCGAUGCCAAAGUUUCUCUCCAGACAGGCUGAAGAAAAUGUUAGUGCUGUAACAAAUAUGAAGAAUGCAGAAAUGGCAAUUAAGAAUGGUUUUGGCAAUAAAGAAGAGAAAAUACUGGCAGAUGUAGUAAACAGCAUCAAAUCUGAUUUAAAAGAAAGGAUUGUCCCCAGUGUGGAAUCAAACAUGAAAAAAGACCCCUUAGCUACAUUAGUAGACUUCAUCAUUCUCUCACAACCUGAGGAUAAAAAGCAACUUCAAGAUCUUCUGAAUGAUGAGAGCAGAAAGAAAAAUCUCUUGGCCAUUUUCACAGAGUUAAGCAAAACUGCAGUGCAGCCAUUCUAUGCAGACCUCAGUUGGCAGAAUAAACUGAAUUCAUCUCUCUCCAAAAUAACUGAAAAAGCCAAAUCACACACCAAAGAAAAUGCAUCUGCAAUUCUUACCACAAUCCAAACUCGUUACAUGGGCCGACUGGCAGACAAUACCAUCAGUACAGUGCUCAGCCUCCCAUAUAAGUUUUUCUCAAAUCUUCAUGAAGAGCUGAAAAUAUUUAAAGAAAAGCAAGGAAAACUAGAGAAUGUGAAAGUAAGUGAUCUAUCUGCAGAAAACAUUAAACUAUUGAAAGACUUCAAGCACGACUUAGCUGGCACCAUCAUUACUCUAUUGGCUGAUGCUUUGGUAGAAGUCUUCCACCACAGGUUCUCUACUUAUGUUGUUUCUCAUGUUCACGGUCAAAUGAAAAGUAAUAUUGACCAUUACAUAAUCGUAAACAACUUAAAGAGUGACAGGACAGAGGAAAAACUCAGAGCUGGGCAGAACAACAUAUAUGUGUCAAGAAAGCUGAAUUCUAAACACAAACUUAAAGCAGAGGCAGGUCAGCGCUCACGAUCACAUGCUGAAAAGAUCAAGAACUCCACGACUGCAGGCACCAUCCUCGAUAUCAGAGUCCUGUCAGAAGUCACUGGCACUAAAGUUGUCAUCCUAACAGAGGACAGCAAUGGAAGACUUACCAAAAUGCAGGAGCUGAGCCCAGACACUAGACCUGCCAAUACAACUGUGACGUUGAUCUACAGACCAAAGAGUGACCAAUACCCUGAUGGCCAUUAUGAUGUGCACAUCAAUAACCAGACAGUGAGCAUAGAGAGUGAGGGCAAGAGCUGUUUGUUUCAUGCUUUGGCACGGGAUAUGAAACCAGAAGGCAGCUCUGCCGAGAUCGCUUUGGAAGCAGACCGCCUUCGAUCUGUGGAGGCUGAUGCUCUCCUCAGUAACCCAGGCCAAUGGGAGCCUUUCCUCAAGCACAAAGAGUUGACUGAAGCAAUCAGGGGAGGGGACUGGUAUGUGGCAGAAGUAGCUGCACCCAAAAAGGCCAUAAAAGAAAGCAAAAAGUUACACCAGGAAGAGUUUGGAAAAGUAGAGUUAUACCAAGAAUGGCAAAAAUAUACAAAGAAAAACAAGGAACACAAUCCUCAGCGUCCUCUACUGAACAGUAACAACAACUGAGAAUGAGACUGGUGAACAAUCAGCAACAAUUCUUCCACCUGCCUGAUCAUCAUCAAGAGACCUCUCUAUUAUGAUAUGUUACUUUUAAUUCAUUUU